AUGGAGAAGCAUUUUGAUUUGGAUACAAGAAUUGCUGAAAUUGAAAAGGAACGCGAUGCUAUUGCGAAAGAGCUACACAGCUGCGUCAAUGAGCAGGAAGACCUAUUGGACGAAUUCGAUACAGUCACCCAAAAAUUAACGGGCAUUGCUGAACAAAUAGCCAAGGUUGAGCGCUUGGAGGAUGUGUAUGAGUUACGUGAAAAGUACGGUGAUUUAGAAGUCCUGAGAAAUGUGGAGUUACUGUUGAAAACAAGAGACGAAUGCGAGCAGCAACUUAGAACGGUAGGGAAUAUAGAAUGUAUCUCGAAUGAAUUGGAUGUUGCUACCGAAUUUGACGAGGAUAAGAUGAAGCAAAUACAUAAAAAAUUGGAACCAAUUGCUGAUUCACCAUUAGCAUCCGCUUUGGUAGAAAGAUUUAAUGAAAUUGUUACAAUUCAUGCAACAAGUCUAAAAGCGGAUUUUGAAAAGGUCCUUCUAGAAAAGAGAUGUGACACUCAAGAGUUUUUAAAUGAUGAGAAGGUUGUUGCUGAUUUAAGGAGUAAGUCUAGCUCUUUAUUCCAACUUUCGCAUUUAAUUCUCCCUAAGCCAAGUCAUGAACAAUACUGGAACUUCGUCAGUUUGGCCAACAAUUUUAGAAUUAAGUUCAUCUAUCAUUUUGCUAAUCCAUCUUUUGAUGCAGAAAAGAAGUCUAUUGAGACUUAUUUUAGGUUCUUAGAGAAAUACUUGGAUGAAAACCUCAUAAAAUAUAUACAGAUGUUCCACGACGAAGAUAAUGGCGUGACAAAGGCAUUAAUACACCAGCAAUUUAUUAAUCACAUUCUUGAUCCAGUUCGUCAAAAAGUUAGCUCCGUGUUAACCAAUGUGAUGAAUUCCACAUCACCAGAUGCCAUACAAACGUUGGUCAUCUUAAUCUCUCAGAUAUUUAUCACGGACAACGCAUUGGUGAAAAUUCAUAUGUAUGAUGGAGUAGGGUUGAUAUCUUUAAUUCCAGAGGAUGCACUUUUGGCAUGGCAAAACUUUGAAAUAGAAUCUGCUCAAGCGCAAUUCAAAAACCUUACAUCAAAAAACUCAUCGUUAUCGAAGAGUGGGGCAGACCUUGUGAAGCUAUUAGAGAACAUAUACCAAUACCUAGAGCCAUUCUUUAACAUUGAAUACCAAGAGUUGUUUUCCAUCAAAUUCAAUUUGACGGAUGAAAUAUUCAUACAACUGCCAACCAGAUAUAAGGCCUAUCUGUUAUCAAAGGAAUCUUCAAUUAAAGAUGUUUCAGAAGAACAGCAGCUGGAACAAAUAUAUUGGAAACUUCACAAUUUAACGCUACUAUCUAACGCUUUCAUGAAGUUUUCACUUAAACAUAUAUUUAUUGAAAUGAAGGAAAUGAUAAAUAAGUCUACCAAUUCUGAUUAUUCCUGUAUCUUUGACGAAGUUUCAGAAGAGUAUGAAAAGGCUAUUGUAGUUGUUCGAGAAUCUAUUGUUCACAGGUGUACCAAAAGAUUAAGCACAGAGUUGCGGAAUUACUUCAAAUUUAAUGAGUGGUAUUCAAUAUCGUCCCCACCAGAGCAAUGUAGUUCCGAAGUGGUCGGUGCUGUAAAGCUCACCGAGAAGAUGAUGCGGUCGUUAGAAAUGUAUACGGUACCGCAAGAUGUGUUGGAUAGGAUCAAGGUAGACUUGUUGGAGACAAUUAUUAAUUUUAUGCUUAAUUAUGUGGUGAAACUGAACAAAUUCAGCGAAUUUGGAUUGCAACAGCUUCUUGUGGACUUCCAAUCCCUCAGACAAAUUCUGAACCUACCAUUUGAAUCGACAAAGGUGUAUAAAGAAGCGGCCUUAUUAGAAUAUUUCAAAGUCCUAGGUUUAAAAUUCUCAAAAGACCCUGCUUCACGUAAAAUGUUGAGCAGGGAUUAUAUAUCAAAAGGCCAGCCCGAGAAUUUCCAUGACCUCAGGUCAUUGCUGCAUAUAGAGCAUUUAGAUGGCGAUGAAAUUGCCGAUGCGAUAUAUAGAUCGUUAUGA